UCCACUGAUAGCUGAUAGUGCCGCUGUGGUAUAGCGACGUAGACAUUUGGUAGUGGCUGCAGGUACCGGCGGGUGGCCAGAGCGAGAAAAGAGUUAAAAGCAGACAAACAGACAGUCAAAUACAUCGUACGUUGUGCUUAAAAGUUGAUAAUAUGACGAAGCGUUGGACAAGAAUUUUCCUACUGGUGGCGUUCGCCAUCCUCAUGCAGAGUGGAAGAGCUGCUGAACUUGCCGAUUCUACUUAUACUGUCUCAAGCACUGCUGACUCAACCAUUAGUACAUCUAGUACGGACAGUAGCUCCAGUUCUGUUGCAUCAAGUACCGAUAGUUCGGACAGUAGCUCCAGUUCUGUUGCAUCAAGUACCGAUAGUUCGGACAGUAGCUCCAGUUCUGUUGCAUCAAGUACCGAUAGUUCGGACAGUAGCUCCAGUUCUAUUGCAUCAAGUACCGAUUCAAAUACUCUCACAAGUGACUCUACAAAUCCAGUUAAAUCCACCACGACAGACACCCCAGACAGACCGCUACUAACAGGAAAGGAACUAUUUAUUCGCACGGGAGAAGUUCUCGACAACAUCAGCGGAUCGCUGGACGAUUUACAAAAACUUCUCGAAGCAGAAUCGAGAGAAAAAUCGCAUGCAGGACCUCUGCACCUCACAGGGUCAAAGGUCAACAGAUUCUUUAGCCAGAAGGACGUCGGGACCAAAGCAGAUAUGUGUCUGAAGGAUACGCCACCUUGCAUUGCCAUUGAACAAUCGCUUUCAAAGAUCAGUAACCUAACCGGGGUCUUGGCGGAUUAUACUGAGGUUUGGAAUGACAACCUGCUAAGCCAGUUGGAGAAUGAGAACGAAAAACUUGCUGAAGCGGUGGGUGAGGCCGUAAAGGAUGAUUUCGACGUGGCGGUAACAAAAGAAACGAUAGACGAUGUAAAACAGCAAGUCAGCGCGGGGAGCCAAGUGGCCAGCGAGCGGGUCGAGGAAUUCGAACAGGCUGAGCAAGACAGCGUCAUCUUCACUUCCGUGUUGGGGACCUUUGGCGGCCUCAUGGUUUUAGGGCUGCUUGGUGCCGUGAUCUUCGCUGUGGUCAAGGGCAAGAAGGUGUCAAAGACGAAGGAAAGCAAGGGGUAUAAUCAGGUCCCCGAAGAGCGAAUCCCCGUCGGCGACUUCAUCCGCGCCCACGACGACCCUCCGCCGGCGAGAAGUACCGGCGAGGCUAGCAGGCUCCCUCACGCCCGCAGCGACUACGCCACGCCCUACGCGCCCGACGCCCCUGCGAACCGUGAUCCUUACGCCCGAGGGAGGUCGCCGGGUGGCCCUCGCCCGGCCUAUUCCCAGGGGAGGUCCGGGGGGCUGACCAGGCAUUACUAGGAAAAGAUAGAGAUGAGGAUUUGUGUGGAGGAUUUGUUAUGGUUAGGUCUUGGUACGGGGUGGGCGUCCGGGUGUCGGAUUCGCGUUUGAAGUUUUUUCUCUCUCUUUUCUUUUCUCUUUUUUUUUCCAUGUUUAUUUUUCUUUGUGACUUGUUUUCUUUUGUUUUUUCUCUCGUUUUCUUUUCUUUGCUUUUCUUUUUCUUUUUCUUCUUCAUUUUCUUCUUUUUCAUUUUCUUUAAUCUUUUUCUUUAUCUUUUUAUUUUAUUUUUUCUGUUUUCCUUUACCUUUCUCUUUCUCCUCCUAGUUCUCUUACUCUUUUUCUUUUUCUUUUUUAUCUCCCUUUUUCACUUUUUCCAUUUCUUUUUUCUUCUUCUUCUUCUUCUUCUUUUAUUUUUCUUAAAUCGUUCUUUCAUACCCGAUGCUCCCUUUUUCACACUGCCAAGAAGAGUGUUUGGAGGUGAAAUAAAUAAGUAAAAUAAGUAAAAUAAGUAAAAAAUAAGUAAAUAAGUAAAAAAAAUAAACAAAUAAGUAAAAAAAUAAGUAAAUAAGUAAAAAAAAAAUAGUAAAUAAGUAAGGCGUGGAAUAAUUUCUCUUUGUUUGAUUUUCUGAAAAUGUUUUUUUUUAACAAUGCUUCUUAUGUACAGUUCUGGUAUAAUAUUAGGGAAAAAAUAUCUUUGUUAUGUAUGGUCAUUUAUCAAGUAUGAAAAAUGUGAUUUUAUGUAAAAAAUAAAGAGCUUAUUAAAAGAGACUCUACUUA